AUGUGCGAACUGUACAGCAAGCAAGAGACCCUGGCUCUGAGGAGAAGGCACAUCGGGCCUUCAUGCAAAGUUUUCUUUGCUGCGGAUCCCAUCAAAAUAGUGCGAGCGCAGCGUCAGUACAUGUUUGACGAGAAAGGCGACCAGUACUUGGAUUGCAUCAACAACGUUGCCCAUGUGGGACACUGCCACCCAGAAGUGGUCAAAGCUGCCCAGAAACAGAUGGAACUACUAAAUACAAAUUCUCGAUUCCUCCACGACAACAUUGUUGAAUAUGCCAAACGCCUCUCAGCAACCCUGCCGGACAGACUCUCUGUUUGCUAUUUUACAAAUUCAGGAUCGGAAGCCAAUGACUUAGCCUUACGCCUGGCUCGGCAGUUCAGAGGCCACCAAGAUGUGAUCACUCUUGACCAUGCUUACCAUGGUCACCUAUCAUCUUUAAUUGAGAUCAGUCCAUAUAAAUUUCAAAAGGGCAAAGAUGUCAAGAAAGAAUUUGUGCAUGUGGCACCAGCUCCAGAUACUUAUAGAGGAAAAUACAGAGAAGACCAUGAAGACCCAGCCAGUGCUUAUGCAGAUGAAGUGAAGAAAAUUAUUGACGAAGCCCAUAACAGCGGAAGGAAGAUUGCUGCCUUUAUUGCUGAAUCCAUGCAGAGUUGUGGCGGACAAAUAAUUCCUCCAGCAGGCUACUUCCAGAAAGUGGCAGAAUAUGUCCGUGGAGCAGGAGGUGUGUUUAUAGCUGAUGAAGUUCAAGUAGGCUUUGGCCGAGUUGGGAAACAUUUCUGGAGUUUCCAAAUGUUUGGUGAAGACUUCGUUCCAGACAUAGUCACAAUGGGAAAACCAAUGGGCAAUGGGCACCCAAUGGCAUGCGUGGUAACAACCGAAGAAAUUGCAGAAGCCUUCAGUGCCUCUGGGAUGGAGUAUUUCAACACGUAUGGAGGAAAUCCAGUAUCUUCUGCUGUUGGUUUGGCCGUCCUCGAUGUAAUAAAAAAUGAAGACCUUCAAGGAAAUGCCACAAGAGUAGGGAAUUAUCUUACUGAGUUACUGAAUAAGCAGAAGACUAAACAUACUUUGAUAGGAGAUAUCAGGGGCGUUGGCCUUUUUAUUGGGAUUGACUUAGUGAAGGACCAUCAGCAAAGGACCCCCGCCACAGCAGAAGCUCAGCACGUCAUCUACAGGAUGAAAGAAAAGCGAGUGCUUCUCAGUGCCGACGGACCUCAUAGAAACGUGCUUAAAAUAAAACCACCUAUGUGCUUCACUGAGGAAGAUGCCAAGUUUAUGGUGGAACAGCUUGAUGGUAUUCUAACAGGUUUAGAAGAAGCCAUUGGAGCUGAAACUGAGCCUGUGAUCUCUAAGAAUACUCCUAUCAAAACCAAGAUGCCCGAGGAAGCACGGUCAGAAUUGCUCAGAGACAGCAGCCUGGACCCCAGAGAAAAUCCCAGCCGAAAGAGAAAUGGAUUGUGCACAGAUUCACUGCUCAGCAAGAGGUUCAGGACAUGA